AGUUAAGAAAUUUUUCCACAAAAUAUUAUAAUGCAAUUAUAUUUAUAAAUCCUUCCGUACAAUAUAUGUAUCAAGAAAUUUACAGUAAUCGUACAGCGGUUAGUAUUUAUCCGCGAAGGCCGCAGAUCGCAGGCCUGGCCCAAAAGGAGCGCCGGCCGAUGCACGGCCCGGUUGACAUGACAAGAAUGUCAAUGUAAAAAAUAUCAACAACCGCGAUACAAUUUCUUGUUUACAAGUGAUUUCUAUAGUGUUAUUUAAGUAUUACUACUGACACCCGUUGCGACGAAUCUAGUUAGUGUGUCAGCCUAGGAAGUGGUGCUCUCUAAGUGCUUUAAGUGUAUAGCAUUUCUGCAAGGUAACGGCUGUUCCUUUGAACGAAUCUACUUCGCUGUUGGGAAACAUUCCACACAUUUAAGACUUUAAAAAUGUGUUGUAAAUAAUUCCUUUUCUUUUACUAUUUAGUGUUUAUCUGUAUACUCUUACUUAUUUGUAUUUUUACCUACAAUUUUCAAUGUCAGCUCAAAAUGCCCCACCUCAGAUCCCGCUCCUGGAAUGUCCCAUUUGCUGCGACCAUAAACGCUACAAAGGCCAACGUGGCCUUAAUAUUCACUGCGUUCGCGCUCACAGCCCCAGAAUCGAACCGCAACCACCCCCAACAACGACUAACAAUGUGGCAUUCAAUAGUAGCGUUAAUAUUAACCCGGUAACUACAUCCCUAGCUCAAUUACUAGCCACCCUUAAGAACGAAGCAAAAUUGACUAAACGUAUUCCUAAAGGCGCUCGUGCCCCGGUAGCACGAAGCAUGGCGGAGUGCAUAGCUAGAGUGGUAGCAGAAAACAGCAAUGUUUCUUGGGAACGUCUUUUAACAUUUGCUUAUCAAAAUUUACAUAUUCCACACAUUAAAUCAAACCGGAGUUUAACAUCAAUUAUCAAAAGUAAUGUAACUCACCCCUUUUUUCCCAUUCCUCAUCCCGCUAACAACCCAACAGACCAAACCCCCCGUGUAUCAUCAACCACGCUAAAGUACAAGUGCAAAUCAAUAGAAAAUAAAUUAUCAGAUGGCAACUUAAAGGGAGCAACUAGAUUGCUUUUUUCUAGCGAUACCUUGGCGACAUAUUCUCCUGCCGUGCUCAAUGCUCUGCAAGAGAAACAUCCCUGCGCUUCAAUGCCCUCGCCACAGCCCAACUCACCAGCUGCCACUUGCCAACCACUACAAGUAUCGAAAACUGCAAUUUUACAUGCGAUACUCUCCUUUCCAGCUGGGUCAGCAGGCGGACUAGACGGCAUCUCCCCACAACACCUAAAAGAUUUAACUAGCCCGCUUGCGGGAGAUGCCGGUGAGACUUUACUGGAGGAGCUAACCACACUAACAAAUCUAAUGCUUGCGGGUAAAGUUUGCCAAGACAUCGUCCCAUUACUAUAUGGAGCUAAUCUUGUUGCGCUCAGUAAAAAAGAUGGCGGAAUACGACCAAUUGCAGUUGGAAACACAUUUCGGCGUCUUACAUCCAAAAUUUGUUGUCGUGAAUUUUAUUCCCGCCUAACAAGUAAAUUUAAACCAACCCAGCUGGGCUUUGGGCUUAAAGGAGGUUGUGAAGCGGCAGUGCAUGCGACCCGCUCUUUUUUAGACAGUCCAAAUUUUGAAAUCCUUGUGAAAGUUGACGUUAAAAACGCGUUUAAUUCCAUAGACCGAGGAAUCCUAUUGACCCAAAUUGAAAAUGAUUUACCAGAAAUUUAUGGCUACCUUUGGCAAUGUUACGGGGCCACUUCAAAGCUCAUGUAUAAAAAUAACGAAAUACUUUCUUGUGUAGGAUGCGAGCAAGGAGACCCACUAGGGCCCGCAAUCUUCAGCCUAGCCAUUCAUCCCGUCAUCUCUCAGCUUACAUCCGAACUAAAUUUUUGGUAUUUAGACGACGGCACCAUCGGUGGAAUUGGACCCAAGCUACCCUCCCGAUCAAAUAUGGCGGUCUUGGUAUCCGUUUGACGGGCAGUUUAGCUCUCCCAGCCUUUCUGUCGUCUGCCUAUAGCACGAUCACCCUCAUUGGCGGUAUAUUACGUAUCCCUUCAACCGCUAAUGUGUCGGUGUCGUGCCUGGCGGACGCUGAAUCGGCAUGGAGAGCAGACCAUCCCGUCGAGCAGAUACCAGAGGAGAAAGCCAGCCAAGCAGCAUGGGACGCGAUAAGUAUAAAAAUGCACCACCAACUUCUACUACAAAACUGCCAUAACGACCACGAACGGGCGAGGCUAUUAGCCGUUUCCGAAAAGGAAUCCGGGCAUUGGCUGCACGCGCUUCCAUCGCGAAACCUUGGCUCCACUCUAGAGCCACCAGCCUUACGCAUCGCUGUUUGCCUCCGCCUGGGCCUAAAGGUAUGCGAGCCCCACGCUUGUAGUAGAUGCGCCCAGCCUGUGGACGCUCUAGGACGGCAUGGCUUACACUGCCAAAUGAGCGCAGGCCGACUAUACAGACACGCCACAUUAAACGACCUGAUCCGCCGCGCCCUUUGCACCGCCUCCCUACCUGCGACUUUGGAGCCGUCAGGCCUCUCUGCCACCGACGGCAAGAGACCUGAUGGCUGCACUCUUGUGCCUUGGAGCCUUGGCCGCCCUUUAGCGUGGGACGCUACCUGCGUCGAUACGCUAGCCCCGUCCCACGUUGAAGGAUCGGCUCGGAAGCCCGGGACUGCCGCGGACCAGGCCCAGACACUAAAGCGCCGCAAAUAUGCGUUCCUAACGGAUCAAUACGAAUUUGCGGCGCUUGCCAUAGAAACACUGGGCCCAUGGUCGAGCGACACAAAGCAAUUUAUGAAGGAAGUGUCGGUCCGACUAAUAGGUGUCUCGGGCGACCACAGGGCGGGCUCCUUCUUUGCCCAAAGAUUGAGCCUGGCGGUGCAAAGGGGCAAUGCUGCUAGCAUCCUAGGGAGUAUUCCAGAAGCGGGUAGCUUUGGGGAGGUAUUUUAUAUUUAGUUUUUAUAAAUAUAUAUAAGUGUAAUAUAAAAUAUUUAUGUAUCUGUGUAUCUAAAAGUCACUUGACCAUUU